GUGAACCCAAUUCUAGGACCAACACCAUGAGUAAAGAGAACUCAUACGACAUGUUUGUCGAGAUGGACAAGAUGGAUGGGGAGAUGGAUGUCAAGAUCAAGAAAAAGAAGAAGAUGAAGAAAAAGGAAAAAUUAGAAAGCAUGAAGAGAGAGAUGGACAUUGAUGACCAUGAACUCAGCAUUGAGGACCUGGAGAUGAAAUAUUCCACCAGUAUAACCAAGGGCUUGAGUAGCACUUUAGCCCAGCAGAUUCUUGAGCGAGAUGGACCCAAUGAACUGAAACCACCCAAGGGCACGCCCGAGUACGUCAAGUUUGCCCGGCAGUUGGCUGGAGGGCUGCAGUGCCUGAUGUGGGUGGCGGCCACUAUCUGUUUCAUUGCUUUUGGCAUUUUGUGUGCAAAGGGCGAACUCUCCAGUUAUGACGACCUCUAUUUGGCUAUCACUCUUAUUGCUGUAGUGGUGGUCACUGGAUGUUUCGGUUACUACCAGGAAUUCAAAAGCACAAACAUCAUUGCUAGUUUCAAAAAUCUGGUACCGCAGCAAGCCCUGGUGAUUCGUGAUGGACAGAAAAACCAGAUCAAUGCUAAUAUGCUUGUUGUGGGAGAUCUGGUGGAAAUUAAGGGAGGAGACCGAGUGCCUGCUGACAUCCGCAUCAUCACAGCACAAGGAUGCAAGGUGGAUAACUCCUCUCUGACAGGAGAGUCUGAGCCGCAAACCAGAAGCCCAGAGUGCACCCAUGAGAACCCCCUGGAGACCAGAAACAUUGCCUUCUUCUCCACCACAUGCCUGGAGGGGGUAGCCACAGGAGUGAUCAUUAACACAGGUGACCGCACCAUCAUCGGCCGUAUUGCCAGCCUGGCCUCCGGAGUGGGCAAUGAGAAGACGCCAAUCGCCAUUGAGAUCGAACAUUUUGUGGAUAUCAUCGCCGGCCUGGCCAUUUUCUUUGGCUUCUCCUUCUUUGUGGUGGCCAUGUUCAUCGGUUACGCCUUCCUUGAGGCCAUGAUCUUCUUCAUGGCCAUCGUGGUGGCUUAUGUGCCCGAGGGACUGCUGGCCACUGUUACAGUGUGUCUGUCCCUCACAGCAAAACGCCUAGCCAGUAAGAACUGUGUGGUAAAGAACCUGGAAGCUGUGGAGACUCUGGGUUCAACCUCUGUCAUUUGCUCUGAUAAGACCGGAACUCUGACCCAGAACCGGAUGACUGUGGCUCACCUGUGGUUUGACAAUAUGAUCCACGCAGCAGAUACCACCGAGGAUCAGUCAGGUCAAAGUUUUGACCAGUCAUCAGAAACAUGGCGAGCAUUGGCAAGGGUGGCAAGCCUGUGCAAUCGUGCUAUUUUCAAACCCAAUCAGGAGUCUGUGCCCAUCCCUAAGAGGAUGGUGGUAGGAGAUGCAUCCGAGACAGCCCUGCUCAAAUUCACAGAGCUGACCAUUGGGAACAUUAUGGACUACCGGGCCAGAUUCAAAAAGGUCUGUGAGGUGCCGUUCAACUCAACCAACAAAUUUCAGCUGUCAAUUCAUGAGCUGGAGGAUCCGCUGGACCUGCGCUACCUGCUAGUGAUGAAGGGGGCACCAGAGCGAAUCCUGGAGCGUUGUUCCACCAUCCUUAUUAAGGGUCAAGAGCUGCCCCUAGAUGAGCAAUGGAGAGAGGCUUUCCAGACCGCAUACAUGGACCUUGGAGGCUUGGGAGAGAGAGUGCUGGGUUUCUGCCAUAUUUACCUGAAUGACAAAGAAUUCCCUCGUGGGUUCAACUUUGAUGCUGAUGAGAUGAACUUCCCCACAUCUGGCCUGUGUUUUGCUGGUCUGAUCUCCAUGAUUGAUCCACCCCGCGCCACUGUGCCUGAUGCCGUCAUGAAGUGUCGCACUGCUGGUAUUCGGGUUGUCAUGGUAACAGGUGAUCAUCCCAUCACAGCAAAGGCCAUUGCAGCCAAUGUGGGCAUUAUCUCAGAGGGCAGUGAGACAGUUGAAGAUAUUGCCAACAGGCUGCGCAUACCAGUGGAGCAGGUUAGAAAGAGUGAUGCUCGUGCCUGUGUGAUAAACGGCGGUCAGCUGAAGGACAUGUCCAGUGAUGAGCUGGAUGACGCUCUCAGGACUCAUCCAGAGAUGGUGUUCGCCCGUACCUCUCCCCAGCAGAAACUCAUCAUAGUAGAGAGCUGUCAGCGUCUGGGCUCCAUUGUGGCUGUAACAGGUGAUGGUGUGAAUGAUUCACCAGCACUGAAAAAGGCAGACAUUGGAGUUGCUAUGGGAAUUGCUGGUUCUGAUGCUGCUAAGAAUGCUGCUGACAUGAUCUUGUUGGACGACAACUUUGCCUCCAUAGUAACGGGGGUAGAGCAGGGCCGUCUGAUCUUUGACAACUUGAAGAAGUCCAUUGCCUACACUCUGACCAAGAACAUUCCAGAACUAACACCCUACCUUAUCUACAUUACUGUCAGUGUUCCUCUACCACUUGGCUGUAUCACUAUCCUCUUCAUUGAGCUUGCCACUGAUAUUUUCCCCUCUGUUUCACUGGCCUAUGAGAAAGCUGAGAGUGACAUCAUGCAUCUGAAACCCAGGAACCCACGUAGAGAUAGGCUUGUCAAUGAAGCCCUGGCUGUCUACUCUUACUUCCAGAUAGGUGCGAUCCAGUCCUUUGCAGGCUUCACAGAUUACUUUACUGCGAUGGCCCAGGAGGGCUGGUUCCCACUCCUGUGUGUGGGAUUGAGAUCACAGUGGGAGAAUGUUGAGUUACAAGAUCUGCAAGACAGCUAUGGACAGGAAUGGACAUUCAACCAGCGCCUGUAUCAGGAGUAUACCUGCUACACAGUGUUUUUUGUCAGUAUUGAGGUCUGCCAAAUCUCAGACGUCUUGAUCAGGAAAACACGCCGUCUCUCACUCUUCCAGCAAGGCUUCUUUAGAAACCGCGUGCUCCUGUCGGCCAUAGUCUUCCAGCUGUGUCUCGGUAACUUGCUGUGUUACUGCCCAGGAAUGCCCAACAUCUUCAACUUCAUGCCUAUAAGAGUGCAGUGGUGGUUUGUUCCACUGCCAUAUGGAAUUCUUAUCUUUGUCUAUGAUGAGAUAAGGAAACUGGGGGUCAGAAGACAUCCAGGAAGCUGGUGGGACCAGGAACUGUAUUAUUGA